CACACUGUACAUCAAACAGAGUAGUAGGAAGUAUUUGUCGCGUUGUCAAAAAAAGGGAUUAAAGUGUUCUUUUCAAUCUCAGCGCUAGCCAAAUCGAUUGUAAAGAGUAGCAACAAUGUCUAAAAAGGAGGAUAAAGCACAGCCCGCGGAAGAGCUGGUCAAGGUAAACAAAUGGGAUGGAUCAGCGGUGAAGCAUGCACUGGAUGAUGCAGUGAAGACCUGUCUACUGGGCGAUCGUCCCCAGUUGAAGGAGCAAUUUGGAUUGGUAAACACCCGCCUGCUGCUCUGUGCCUUGGCUGUCGGUGUCGCCAUAAUGGCGCACGCCUGGGACUUCACCCAUCCAUUUCCGCAGUCGCGGCCGGUGCUGCUGUUCAGUGCGCUGGCCUAUUUCGCCCUGAUGGGCGUGCUCACGCUACACACAACGUUCCGUGAGAAAGGCACCUUUGCCGUUGCCGUGCAGAAGGAGGCCGGUGGCGGUAAGACGAAUCGCACCUGGGAGGCCAGUUCGGACAUGAAGAAGUACGAUGACAAAUACAUGCUCACCCUCUGUGUCAGGAAUGGGCGAGGACAGCGCGAGCAGACCAGCACAAAGUCAUGUGCCGCCUUCAUCGAUGGCAACGGCAUCAUUCUGGAUCAUCUGGUGGCUAACGAAGUCAAUCGUUUGUACAACUUGCUGGCUGCCGAAAAGAAGAACAAAUAGCUGGAGCAACAAUAGGCAGCAGCAGCAACACCAGCAAUUGCUGGUUGCUUAAGCAUUUUUUUCUUGCGCUUUCCAUCUACUUUUUUAUGUCUUAUUAAAUCUCUCUCAUUAAAUUAA